AUGGCCCUCGCUGCAAAGAGCCGACCCUUGCAAGAGUGGUCGUUCACCCAGGUUGGAGGUGGACAAGGGACGAAAGAUGGCGAAUGGCUCUCUGCGUCUUCAUUUCCAACGACUGUACAUGUAGAGUUACUGAACUUGGGCCGGAUUCCUGAUCCUUUUCUGGGUUUGAAUGAAUGGGAUGUCCAAUGGGUCGGCGAGGCGGAAUGGAAGUUCAAAUCAGCUUUCCAGGUCACCGAAGACGAACUCUCUGCUCCCAAUGCGGACUUGGUGUUUGAAGGGUUGGACACGUUUGCCACAGUGACAUUGAAUGGGAGACAAAUCCUGCAGACGACCAACCAGUUCAUUUCGCACAGAGUUCCAGUUAAGGAUAUCUUGAAGGCCGGGUCCAAUGACCUUUUGCUACACUUCGAAAGUGCUUUUCUCAAGGGUCGUGAUAUUGAAAAAGCGAACGGGGGUAAAUUACACCUGUGGAACGGAGAUUCUAGCCGUCUUCAUGUCAGAAAGGCCCAAUACAACUAUGGCUGGGACUGGGGCCCAGUUCUCAUGACAGUCGGGCCUUGGAAGCCGAUCUACCUCCAGACCUACUCCUCUAGGAUCGAAGAGAUCGACGUUCGUACGGUGGUAUCUGAAGACUUGGCUGUCCAGUUCUCUGCUACUGUUGGAAUAUCGGACCCUGCGAGCUUUGCGGGAUCCGUUCAGUUGGAACUGCGGAAACCCAACGGGGAAGUACAACACUCGCAAUCCCUUCAAAUCUCCGAAAGUGGAAGAACUGUGCACACCUCGUCUUUUGCUCCCGGUGAAUUGGAACUGUGGUAUCCUGUGGGCUAUGGUGCUCAGCCACUGUACACUGUUGAGGUGAAGAUAGUUGCUCAGUGCGGUGACGUGGUAGACAAGAAAGAACAAACCGCUGCCUUCCGCCGCGCGCGUAUCGUACAGGAACCGCUGACCGAAGCCGAAGGGUUGACGUUCCUGUUCGAAAUUAACAACAUCCGCAUCUUUUGCGGCGGUUCAAAUUGGAUCCCAGCCGACUCUUUCCUUACUAGACUUACUGACAAACACUAUCGGCGAUGGCUCGAGCUACUGGUCGCUGGGAAUCAGAACAUGAUUCGCGUAUGGGGAGGAGGCAUUUAUGAGGCCGAUGCCUUCUACGAUAUCUGUGACGAGCUUGGGAUUCUUGUCUGGCAAGAUUUCAUGUUUGGAUGCGGUCAGUACCCGGCGUACGACUCCUUCGUCGACUCUGUCCGAGAAGAAGCCGUGCAAGCUGUUAAGCGUCUGCGCCACCACCCAUCCGUCGUCAUCUGGGCUGGCAACAACGAAGAUUAUCAAGUGGCCGAGUCCUACAACCUCGAGUUAGACUAUUCAGAUGAGUCUGGAGACUAUAGGAACACUACGUUCCCUGCUCGGUACAUCUACGAGCGAGUCCUUCCGGAGGUGGUGGAGAAACACACCGACACCUUCUAUCACCGCGGCUCUCCCUACAGUGGCCAAGGCAAACCGACUACCGAUCGAACCGUUGGUGAUAUUCAUCAAUGGAAUGUAUGGCAUGGAUCUCAAGAGCCGUGGCAUAAUUGGGAUAUCUUGGCCGGUCGAUUUGUUUCUGAAUUCGGUAUGCAAGGUUAUCCGAAUAUUCGCACCGUUGACUACUGGUUGGACGGUGACAAAAGCCAGAGAUACCCGCAGUCAAGAGUAUGCAAUAACCACAACAAGGCAGACGGCUUCGAAAGAAGACUGGAGUUAUACCUCAUGGAGAACUUCAGGCAUGCCUUCGACAUCGAGAGCUAUGUCUACUAUACCCAAAUUAUGCAAGCAGAGACGCUGGCUUCCGCAUAUCGGCUGUGGCGUCGCAACUGGAAAGGUAGAGGAAAAGAGCUUACUGCCGGAGCUCUGAUUAACGACUGCUGGCCGGUGACUUCAUGGGCCAUCGUGGACUACUUCCUACGACCGAAGCCAGCCUACUUCGCCAUCGCACGAGAACUUCGGCCAUUCGCUGUGGGGAUGACGCGCAAAGAGGUCACCACCUUUGAAGAUGAGCGUUCUGCGGUCAACUUCAAGAUUUCGACGGUCCUGGAAGUGUGGGGUGCAAACAGCACCCUAAUGGACAAAGAGGUUACACUUGAAGUUAAAGCUUUCGAAUUGGACUCCGACUGGACGGAGAAGUGGGACGCGAGAGUCACACUGGCUGCGAAUGCGAGCACUGAGCUAUUCAAGGGAGACUUGCCUGGCCAGCCGGUGAGGACUAAGAAGAGCGAGGUACCCAAGGCAAUCGUGAUCUGUGCUCGGUUGUUGGACGCAGACGGAAGCGUUCUGGCCAGGUACUCGAAUUGGCCCGAGCCUUUCAAAUUCAUCAACUUCCCACCCAUACAUUCGUUGGGUCUACAGGUCACCGUUCAAGAAGACGGCGAGACAAUCAAGCUGGAGACAGACAAACCAAUCAAGGGAAUCGUGCUCGAUGUCGACGGAGACGAUGUCCAAUGGAGUGAUCAGGGCAUUGACCUCGUCCCGGGCGACCCUCAGACGAUCAAGGCAGUGGGCUUGAAGGGACGCUCGGUCAAAGUUAGAUUCCUGGGCGAUGGAACCGCGUGA